CUAGGUUUGGCUGCGUUCAGUGGAAAAGAGAACAUCAUGAGUCAGGUGGCCGAAAACCUGAGGGGCUUCCUGGCAAGAGUAAAGUGCGCAAAAUACAAUGGGAGCGAGGACUUCUUGACCAAGGAGUUUCAGGAAAUCAAAAACCGCGCUGCAGCCUUUCGGCAGGACAGCAACUAUUCCUCAGAAGUGGGAGGAUGCCAGGAAAACCUGAAAAAGAAUAGGUACAAGGACAUCCUGCCAUAUGAUCAGACCCGAGUCCGGGUCCCGUUUCUUGCAGAUGGUCCUGGAUCUGAUUACAUUAAUGCCAGCUUCAUACAGGGUGUAGAUAAACAGCCCCGGUACAUCGCCACGCAGGGGCCCCUCAGCCAUACAGUAGUGGACUUCUGGAGGAUGAUAUGGCAGUACAAUGUGAAGGUGAUAGUGAUGGCGUGCCGUGAGGUGGAACUGGGAAAGAAAAAAUGUGAGCGAUACUGGCCCCUAGACCAAGAGACCGUCCAGCAUGGAGCGAUCACUAUCAGUACGGUGUCAAAAAACACAGCGAAUCCAGAGGUUGUGCUUCGUACUCUCAGAGUGAUGUUUCAGGAGGAAGUGCGAGAGGUGGUCCAGUUCCAGUACAUAGCCUGGCCUGACCGGGGGAUUCCUGACUCCUAUGCCUGUUUCCUGGAAAUGAUCCAGCUGAUACGUCAAUAUCAAGGGGACCACAAAGCUCCCAUGUGUGUCCACUGCAGUGCAGGUUGUGGCCGCACCGGUGUUAUCAUUACAGUGGAGUACAUCCAGUGUCUUCUACACAAGCAGAGAGUUCCCAGUGACUUCAGUCUCUUUGAAGUGGUAAUGGAAAUGAGACGCCAGAGACCGUCUGCUGUGCAGACCAAGGAGCAGUAUGACUUCCUCUAUCACGCUGUUACGGAGAUGUUUGAGAAGCAGCUAAUAGAAGAUCACUUCUAUGGAAACCUGAAGGAGAAUAAAGCCCCGUAUUAUGAUGAUGUGGCGGCCCUGACGGUGACGAGCCGGACCCUGCACCCCAACAGGAAUAAGAACCUCGCUGUACGUAUAUCGAUGCCCGCUGCACCGCCAAACAUGAACAACACAUACGCUGUAGUGAAUAAAAAAUCCCCUGCUCAGGGAAGUAGGACACUGGAUGCACGAAGCCCACCUACCUCUCACGUCCAGUAUGACAAUGUCAGACCACACUCUUCGGCAUCGGUACCCGUGGAUCAGCUGUACAGCACCGUGGUUCCUAAAUCCAACAGGACGUCCACCUGUAUCACCGCACCUUCCAGCGCUGCCACUAUUGCUACUAGUUCUUCUUCCUAUUCUUUAGCUGGAAACCCAACGCCUGCCGAAGCCGCGUCUGUUGAGUACAGUCAGGUCACCGUGCCGAGUACAGUCCCAUCCUUAAACCAUGUGAGGGGAGACAACAAGUGGGGUCAGCCUGUGUCCAGCGCUUAUGCAGCGGUAUCAGACAGGCAGGCUACAUCUGUCGAUGAAUAUGAAUUUGUGUUUGAUGCUUCCAAAGGCCGUAUGCCAGGAGGUGUAUCAGGGAUAGGAUUUAACUGUCGUAUAGGGAAACCUAAGGGGCCCCGGGACCCCCCUGCUGAAUGGAGCCGAUAAAAGGACUCUCUAUCCAAAAAUAACAUAAAAUGCCUUUCAGUCUGUUGCCUGUAUACUAUAUGAUAUAUCAGGGACACAGGAUGAACCACUGAUCCUUAUGGACUGAUCUCAGAAGACCCCACGUUACAUCGAAGAUGUGACUACAUGGAAGGCGUUCCUGAACUGACAUAUGAGAGACUGUCUACAAGAUAUGGGUUAUGUCUAUAUCAUUUCUCUUUAUGGGGGGCACACUGUAUACUAUAUAUGUCGAUUGUUUGCUGACUGCCAUGUAUAAAGCAUGAAAUACA